AUUUAUAUUACUUAACUACUAACUCAUUCAAAUUCCUAGAUCUUGCUUUAUAUAUUCCAUUUUCUGUUGAAUGAUUUUCUGUUUUUGGUCUGUGUGUGUUAAGUUUUGCAAGAUCUGGUUUACACAUUUUGUUAGGGCAAUUCUAGACAAAUCUUGAGAAUUUGGAGAGAGUAUUGAUAUUAGAAGAUAGUGGAGAAAAAUAAUCAAAUAUGGAUUUUUCAAUGAUUUUUGUUGUUAGCAACAUUUUGCUGCUUCUAAGUUCAUCAGCAUUUGCCAAAACUGUUGUUAGUCCUCCUUCACCAAGUCCAACACCAACUCCAGCACCAGCACCAGCACCAGAUUUUGUGAACCUCACUGAUUUGCUCAGUGUUGCUGGUCCAUUUCACACUUUCCUUCAAUACCUUGAAUCCACAAAAGUGUUAGACACAUUCCAAAACCAAGCUAAUAACACUGAAGAAGGAAUUACUAUCUUUGUACCAAAAGAUAGCGCCUUUUCAGCUUUGAAGAAACCUUCUUUAUCAAAACUCAAAGAUGAUCAGAUAAAACAAGUGAUCCUUUUCCAUGCAUUGCCACAUUUCUAUUCUCUAGCUGAAUUCAAAAACCUUAGCCAAACUAGCUCCACUCCUACAUUUGCAGGCGGAGAUUACACGCUGAAUUUCACCGAUGAUUCAGGAACCGUUCACAUUAGUUCUGGUUGGUCAAUUACUAAGGUGACUAGUGCAGUUCAUGCCACUGAUCCUGUUGCAAUUUAUCAAGUUGAUAAGGUUCUGCUUCCUGAGGCUAUUUUUGGAACUGAUAUUCCUCCUGCACCAGCUCCUGCACCAACACCAGAAAUUGCUCCUGCAGCAGAUUCUCCAACUCAACAAAGUGCUGAGAGUAAAUCGACAUCGCCUUCGUCUUCGCCCGAUGGUUCAUCUUCUUACAAAAUCAUAAGCUAUGGAAUUUGGGCCAACAUUGUCUUGGCAACUUUUGGUGUGCUUAUGGUCUUGUGAUUGUGAUGAGGAGGAAAAUCUCUAUUCAAAUAUUUAAUUUAGAUUUAUGUUUGUGUAUCUACCUUUAUUUGGUGAUAAUUUGCUUUGAUUUGAGUCCAAUUUUUUUGUGAACAUAAUCUGUUAUUCAAUAUAUGUAUGAGAAUGUGAUUUCUAUUAAACACUUUUUUUUAAAAAAACUAAAUAAAUAAAUAACUGGUAGCCUAUGA